UUCAGUCUAAAAGCAGGUGGAAACCGAUGUGCAACUCGAGAACUCGAGUGUCGAGAGUGCGUUUUCGAAAGGAUCGAUAUUUUUACGCGAGAUCAGAUUCGGGGAAAUUUCGGUGCGAAUUCGUAACACUACUGGACUAGAGCCACAGGCAAAUACGCGGAACAAAAAUCGAUUCACAGGAUACCUGUGAUAACGGAUGUGUUGCGCGACAGAUAACGGAACAAAAUAAACCUUUGAAGCUGCGGAUGUCAUUAUCAUCUUAGCAACAGAUGUGAUUCGAAAUGAUAUGUGAAUAGAUUUCAAUUUAAACAGCUUUCGUUCAACUCAACGCAGUCCAGCAACGAUUCCAAGAAACAGUAACGUUCAUAGUUUCACUUGAACACCGGUCUUACGAUGACGUCGGCCGACAAUACGGAUACGUUUGAUGAUGAUUCCGCAGGUAUUGUCGACGAAUUGAAACAAUUGUCUGUAGCUAGAGCUCAGAUUAAUUCAUUGAGAAAACAGAACGAAGCUUUAAAAAAACAGUUAAACGAUCAGAAUUUGAUUGCCUCAAGCAGUGUAAAUGAAACCAGAUCAUUUCCAAAUCCUGAUAAAGUAGAAUUUUCCGUCAUAGGAACAAUCAAAACAAAAUUUAAAGAACGUAGAUGUGUUCCAAGACAACCUGGACUCUGUCCAUUGGCUCAAGCUCGCCUGACUAUAUCAAACUCUGUAUUCACAAAUCCCAAUCAUGCUCUUGAAGGGCUUUCUGAUUUCUCACAUAUGUGGAUUUUAUUUCAUUUUCACAAAAACGAAACCACUCAUGUUCAUGCCAAAGUAGCACCUCCAAGAUUAAAUGGAUUGCGUACUGGUGUACUCGGUACUCGUUCUCCUCACCGUCCUUCACCCAUUGGUUUAUCACUAGUGCAAAUUGAUAAAGUUGAAGGGAACUCUGUUUAUUUUUCUGGUGUUGACAUGAUAGAUGGCACUCCGGUACUUGAUAUUAAACCAUAUAUUCCGCAUUAUGACGCACCAGUAAUGCUUAAAACUGACCAACACAUAUCAUUAUUCGAUAAUGGAUCUCACCAAAUACUAUUGGAUCCCUUGACAACUGAUAGAGAAGCACCAGAUGGAGAAGAGACAGCUUCAUAUGAUAUGCCACUCUCUCCACUCCACACAAGGGUACGAGUACCUCUAUGGAUCACUGAACCUCUGACUCAACAAUUAACCGUGGAGUUUUCAUCAAGAGCUAGAGAUUUCUUAGAUUCAUUAGAGACUAACGAUAUUGAAACUACAAUUGUGAGCAUUUUGAAAGAGGAUCCUCGAUCAGUAUAUGUCCGUGAACGUUAUAGUAAUCAAUUUUAUACGUUUUUAAUCGGAGGUUAUCAUGUAAGCUGUAAAUUUGAUGACACUAAACAUACAAUUAGUGUUUACAGAAUAUCACUUGUUGACAAUUUAGAUAAUAUACCUGAUCAAGAAGGUGCCCAUUGUUUGCCUGUAACUUAAUAUUAUUUGUUAGUAAUUAAAAUUAAUUUUAAUUUUUUUUUAUUAUGUUCCUUAUUUUUAUUUCUAUAGGUAUCUAAUUUAAUGUUAUAAGUUUAAUAGUGUUUUUUUGUGUGAUAUGAAAUAUAUUAUUUGUUUGGUUUUUAUACCUUUCAUAUUUUAAACAAUAAAUUUAAUUAUUCAAUAAUAUUAUCUGUAGCUGUAAUGGUUUUUGAAUUUGGAUAGGCUUUAGGACAGUACAGUAUGGUUAGAAAUGGUUCUUCUUUAUUAAAAUUGAAUUUUAUUAUACUAAUGUUACUUAAUGUAUAAAUCAUAUAAGUAUAGCUACUAUAUAAAUGUAUUUAAAAUCCACUUUUGUUUACUUUUU